AACAGGAAGUGCACGAGGUCUGCAGCUCUCCUUCAACCCGGUUGUUCUGGCAACCUAUCAGGUACAGUUUGGUUAAGGAGGAAGUUCAGCAUUGUUGUUUUUUUUUUGGAUAGUCACAUGAGCUAGUUGCAGGUGAUAUAUCGUGUGAUCUGCACAGGGUUUAACCACUGGAGAGCUUUCCUCACUCUAGAGCGGGCGAGUGCAGAAACAUGGGGGCUGGAAACCUGUGUGUUCUCUCCCUGUUUCUGUUGAUGGGAAGCUGCCUCUGUCAGUAUCAACCUAACUGGGACUCCAUAGAUUCCAGACCUGUGCCUGAAUGGUUUGAUCAGGCCAAGCUUGGGAUCUUUAUACACUGGGGUGUGUUUUCUGUCCCCAGCUACGGAAGCGAGUGGUUCUGGUGGUAUUGGCAAGGCCGGAAAAUACCUGACUAUGUGUCAUUUAUGACAAAAAACUUUGCCCCUGGAUUCCAGUAUCAAGACUUUGCACCAAAGUUUACCGCUGAGUUCUUUGAUCCGAAGCAGUGGAUGGACAUCUUUUCAGCAUCAGGAGCAAAGUAUAUCGUCCUCACAUCUAAACAUCAUGAAGGUUACACCCUUUGGGGCUCAAAGUACUCAUGGAACUGGAAUGCAGUGGAUGUUGGACCAAAGCGAGAUCUGGUGGAUGAGAUAGCUACCGCCCUGCGGAAGAACACUGACUUACGCCUUGGGCUCUACCACUCUCAGUUUGAGUGGUUUCACCCUCUUUUCAGAGCAGAUGCUGCCAAUAAUUUCAAAACCAAUGUUUUCGCAACUGAGAAGUCCCUGCCUGAGCUUUAUGAACUAAUAAAUAAAUACAAACCUGAACUACUGUGGUCUGAUGGAGAUGGAGAUGCCCCUGACCAAUACUGGAACAGUACUGGGUUCCUAGCAUGGCUGUACAAUGAGAGCCCUGUUCGUGAGACAAUUGUAACUAAUGAUCGGUGGGGAAAGGGUAGUAUUUGUACACACGGUGGAUAUUACACCUGCACUGAUCGGUACAGCCCUGGACAUCUGCUGAAGCACAAGUGGGAGAGCUGCAUGUCCAUUGACAAGCGUUCUUGGGGCUUUAGAAGAGAAGCUGCACUCAGUGACUACCUUACUAUUGAGGAGCUGCUUAAGAGCUUUAUAGAGACCGUGUCAUGUGGGGGGAACCUGCUGAUGAAUGUGGGUCCAACACACGAUGGUCGCAUCGUUCCUGUAUUUGAGGAGAGACUUCGACAGAUGGGACAGUGGCUGAAGGUCAAUGGAGAAGGAAUCUACAAUACCACUGCAUGGAGAGUUCAGAAUGAUAGCGUCACACCUGGAGUCUGGUAUACAUCGAAGCCACAGGAUAAGGCAGUCUAUGCGUUCUUGCUUUCAUGGCCAGAUAAAGGAUCUGUUGUUCUGGCCGAUCCUAUUGUGUCAGCUAGUACACAGGUGGUGUUGGUGGGCAAUAAACCAUUGAAGUUUGACGUGCUAAAACCCACUGGUCUGCAGGUUUACCUGCCCACUCUGACCCCUAAUGAGAUGCCUUGCUCCUGGGCCUGGACCCUACGACUGACUGGUAUAGCUUAGUCACAUAGUUUAGGACGCUUUUUAACAGUUAAAUUCCCAGGAGAUCAUUUUUUUUAGAUUAAUCGUGUGGUAAUAAGGGUACAUAUAAAUCUUUUUUUUUAUUCUGUGAGUAUAUGAAAUCUGUUUUUGAUUUGUUUUAUUUUUGCACAAAGAUUUUAUGAUAAUCUUGAAGGUUUCUUUCUACUUACAUUGUAUUUUAUAAAAUGCUGUAGGUUUCAGUUUGUCAGAGUUUAUGCAGGGAGCUAAUUAAUGAUUUUAUAUUGGCCAUUCUAUUUGCACUGUUUUUCUUUUUUUGGGAUGAUGUAAAGGGAAAUGUAGCUUCAUUUUAAAUGAGAUGUGUAUCUAACAGAGUAAAUGUGACUUAUGUUUUUUAAAAAGGAAAAUUCUGAAUACUUGAAAAUUGCCUUUUUUUAAAGCAUUGCACUUAAUUUACACCAAAUAAAAUGGGAAACGUUCUUUAAA